AUGUCUACCGCAGCCGACUCAAACGCCAAAGAGCCAACGCAAGAAGAAAUUCAUCGAGCAUUGUCGUCGAUGUGGUCGCUAUUCACUGAUACCAUGAGACGAGCAAUACAUAUAAUUUACAAAAACAAAUAUUAUUCUUUGUCUUCACUACCAGACGAUCUUGUUUUGAACUGCUUAGCUCGCGUCCCGACAAGGUACGACCCGACCCUUGCUUGUGUUUGCAAAAACUUUCAGUCUCUUGUGCUUUCUAGUGAGCUUGCGCAGAUGCGACGGUCCUUACUGGCCAUGAAAGAUUAUCCCCUCUUGUGUGUAUUCAAUAUUGACUCCACUCGUCGUGGCUGGAAGACGUUUCAUUGGGUCACUUUCAAUUUAAAAGAGAAGAAAACAAGUCCUCCUAAGUCAGUUGAUAUUAAAACAACUCAAAAUAUGUACACUUGUCCCACUGUGUCCUUAGGUUCUAAGAUCUAUUUCGUUGGUGGAUCGGAUUGGGAUGCGGAGGGUUCAUCCGGCUUAGUUAUCUUUGAUUCCCGGUCUGGCGAGUUGAGUAAGGGUCCUAGCAUGAAGGCGGCACGAAAGGGAGCAGGCGUGGCAGUGGUGGAUGGGAAAAUAUACGUAACAGGAGGCUUCUUCAACUUCAUCGACGACGAGAUCAUCCAGGUUGAGGUUUUUGACCCAAAUACUCAAACUUGGGAAGUUGGGCCAUUAGGUCCCCAUGGGGAAAUGACAUACGGGGAAGGAUUCAAGAUAACUCAAUUCCGUGACGCCGUGGCCCUAGAUGGAAUGGUUUAUGGUAUCAGUUUUUCUCAUGGUCAUCACACAAUCUACGACACAAAAGAUGGUACGUGUGAGAAUUUUGACAUGUCGUAUGAAUAUACAGAAAAGAUAAGGAAAGUGUGUGUGAUAAACAGUCUGAUCUAUGCUAUUUACUAUGAUCUUGGGUUAAUGUGGUAUGACCCGAAAGAGAAGAUAUGGAGAAGGGUUAAAGGUUUGCCUUGUGAUGUGUGGUGGCACCGUAUGGUGGAAUGCAAUGGGAAACUUGUCUUGCUGAGGGAAGACAGCGAAAAGAAGAUUUGGUGUGCGAUGAUUGCCUUGGAUAAGGUUGGAGUAGAGAUCCAUGGAAGGGUCGAGUGGAGUGAGUUUGUGCUUCGAAUUCCUGGUGAUGCCCAUCCUUAUAUCAGAUGGUCUUGUCUAGGACUGUCAUUAUAA